UGUUUUGUCGUCUUCGAAACGAGGCUACCUCCGUUCAGAGAGCCGAACCGCCAUGGCGGAGUAGCGAAGUGCUUAUCGUCGUUUGGAAGCCUAAAUUCGGCGCUCCUACGAUAGCAUACUGGUAGAUAAUCCCUGCUACAAUGUCGGCCGCAAUGAAGCCGUUGCCAGGCUUCCAGUACACUCCAGAAAAUGUGCAGCGUCUGGAGAGGGCUCUUCAGGCAAUGCAAGAAAAGGGGCUUGAAAAUGACCCUCGCUAUGCACAGUUGAUGGCUCUGAUGAGAGCACGUCCUCCAAUGAUGGAUAUGUCAGAUCCCAGCCAAGUCAUGGGCAGCAGCAUGUCUCGCAUGCAUGCAAGUGAUUCCUCUAUCCCAGCUGGUAACACGAGUGAAAUGGGAUCAUCAGACAACAUGUCUGCAGCCUUACCAAAGUCAUUCAAUUCACAGCAACUUAUGCAACUCAGAGCUCAAAUCAUGGCAUACAAGCUCCUAUCCAGAAACCAACCAUUGCCUGAUCAUGUCAAGGAAGCACUGAAGCCGAGAGAACAGGCAAAGUCACAAUCAAUGAGCACAAGUAUGGGAGCAGGGAAUGCACAGCAGGCAUCAACUGCACCCUCCAUGCCCAGCAGCUCUGCCAUACCACAAGCAAGUCAGGGAACUGCUCCAACAACAACAGGAGCAUCCGGAGCGAGUUCACCUGCACCCAACCAGACAGCCUACAAUAUACCAGGCAUGACUCCUCAAAAGAUGCAGCAAGGGUCGAGCAAACCACAAGCAAGCUCUGGCCUCCAGGCCGCCAAAGGUGCUGCCGCAAGUGCCAUUGCGGCAGCCAACCAACAACAGAAGCUGAAAGAGCAGCAGCGGCAGGCACUAGCUCAGCAGCAACAACAGCAGCAACAGCUGGCCCAGCAACAGCAACGCAAGCCCCAGUCACAGGGCCAGACACCCACCAAGUCUCAGCUGGCACCAGUGGCCAAACCCACUGGAUUAGACCCUGUGGCAAUACUCAAGGAAAGGGAAAACAGAAUCCAGGCUAGAAUCAUUCAGAGGAUCAAAGAGCUAGAAGGCCUUCCAGGGAACCUUCCUGAUGACCUGCGAAUCAAGGCUAUGAUUGAAUUACGUGCCCUCAGACUUCUAAACUUCCAGAAACAGCUGCGGCAUGAGGUUGUUGCAUGCACAAGGAAAGACACCACUCUAGAGACAGCCCUCAACUCUAAAGCAUACAAACGCAGCAAGAAACAGUCUCUUCGUGAAGCAAGAAUCACUGAAAAGCUUGAGAAGCAACAAAAGAUGGAGCAAGAACGCAAGCGACGGCAGAAGCACCAGGAGUAUUUGAACAUGAUUCUGCAGCAUGCCCGGGACUUCAAGGAGUACCACCGAUCUGUGCAGUCCAAGAUUGUCAAGCUGAAUAAGGCUGUCAUGAACUACCACUCGGUGACAGACAGAGAGAAGAAGAAGGAGGAGGAGAGAAUAGAGAAAGAAAGAAUGAGAAGGCUUAUGGCUGAGGAUGAAGAGGGCUAUCGAAAGCUUAUUGAUCACAAGAAGGACAAGCGUCUGCACUACCUGCUCAGUCAGACAGACGAAUACAUUGCCAGCCUGACCAAGAUGGUACAACAACACAAGCGAGACCACAAGAAGAAACUACAGAAAGGUCGUGUGAGGAGAAAGUCAGACUUUGAUGAUGAGACACCAGAUGCUGACAAGCACAUCCCAGUUGUUGAUACAGAGACUGGUGAAGUUCUGAAGGGGGAUGAUGCCCCUACUGCCGGCGAGCUAGAAGACUGGCUGACUACUCACCCAGGGUAUGCUGUUGCCCCACGCCAGGAGGACGAGGAGUCAGACGAAGAUGAUGAUGAGGACGAGGAGGAGGAAGAGGAAGAAUCUACACAGAACUUGCUGUACCGAGAUGUCAAGUCUAAGGAGAAAAGUGAAAGAGAGAAGAGAAAAGAGCUGUAUGGCAAGGAUGAUGAGGGUGAGCUGGAAUCAGAAAACCCUCAGGAAGCCAUCAACUACUACAGCAUUGCUCACAGCAUGAAAGAAACCAUCACUGAACAGCCCAGCAUGCUAGUGGGAGGCCGACUCAAGGAAUAUCAGUUGGCCGGUCUGGAAUGGAUGGUAUCACUUCACAACAACAACCUAAAUGGAAUUCUUGCUGAUGAGAUGGGUCUUGGUAAGACUAUUCAGACCAUUGCACUCUUCAGCUACUUGAUCGAGAAGAAACGCCUCAAUGGUCCCUUCCUGGUCAUCGUCCCUCUCUCGACUCUAUCCAACUGGCAGUUGGAGUUUGAAAAGUGGGCUCCUUCUGCUAUUGUAGUCAGCUACAAGGGAUCCCCUAACAUGAGGCGCUCAGCUGGAGCAGUACUCAGAACUGGCAAAUUCAAUGUGGUGCUGACUACUUAUGAGUAUGUGAUGAGAGACAAGGCCAUCCUAGCCAAGGUGCGCUGGAAAUACAUGGUGGUAGAUGAAGGUCAUCGGAUGAAGAACCAUCACUGCAAACUGACACAGGUGCUCAACACCCACUAUGCCGCCCAGCACAGGAUCCUUCUGACAGGGACUCCCCUACAGAACCGUUUGCCUGAGUUGUGGGCUCUGCUUAACUUUCUCCUCCCGACCAUUUUUAAGUCUGUGAGCACUUUUGAGCAGUGGUUCAAUGCCCCAUUUGCCAUGACUGGAGAGAAGGUGGAGUUAAAUGAGGAAGAGACUAUCCUUAUCAUCCGACGUCUGCACAAGGUUCUUAGACCAUUCUUGUUGCGUCGUCUGAAAAAAGAAGUAGAAUCUCAGCUGCCUGACAAGGUUGAGUAUGUUGUGAAGUGCGACAUGUCAAUUCUACAGAGAAUCCUGUACAACCACAUGUACAAAAAGGGUGUUCUUCUGACAGAUGGCUCUGAGAAAGACAAAAAGGGUAAAGGUGGCACAAAGACCCUGAUGAACACCAUCAUGCAGUUGAGGAAGAUCUGCAACCACCCAUUCAUGUUUCAGCACAUUGAGGAGUCUAUUGCUGAACACCUUGGCUUCCAUGGUGGCAUAGUAACUGGACCUGACAUCUACAGGGCAUCUGGAAAGUUUGAACUCCUUGAUAGAAUCUUACCAAAGCUAAAACGCAAUAAGCACAGAGUGCUGAUGUUCUGUCAGAUGACAUCACUCAUGACCAUCCUGGAAGACUACUUCAACUGGAAAGGUUUCCCAUACCUGCGCUUGGAUGGAACCACCAAGUCUGAGGAUCGUGGUCAGCUGCUCUCACUGUUCAAUGCAAAGGACUCUCCAUACUUUGUCUUCUUGCUCAGCACACGAGCUGGAGGCCUGGGACUGAAUCUCCAAGCUGCUGACACUGUAGUUAUCUUUGACAGCGACUGGAAUCCGCACCAGGAUCUCCAAGCCCAGGAUCGUGCCCACAGGAUUGGACAAGAAAAAGAAGUUCGAGUACUUAGAUUGAUGACUGUCAACAGUGUGGAGGAAAAGAUCCUCGCUGCGGCCAGAUACAAGCUCAAUGUUGAUGAAAAGGUCAUCCAAGCUGGUAUGUUUAACCAGAACUCCACGUCCAGUGAGCGAAAGGCCUUCCUGAUGGCACUUCUGGACACAGAGAACGACGAUGAUGAAGCUCCGAAAUCCAACUCAAACGGAGCCUCCAGUGCAGCUAUGGAAGAGAGUGAAGUUCCGGAUGACGAGACGGUUAACCAGAUGAUUGCUCGUUCAGAGGAGGAAUUUGAGCUGUACCAGAGAAUGGACAUUGAACGACGCAGAACUGAAGUCAGGGACCCAACUACACACCGCCGUCGCCCUCGUCUGAUGGCAGACAAUGAGCUGCCCAGAUGGAUUCUAAAAGAUGACAAUGAGGUGGAGCGUCUGACUUGGGAAGAGGAGGAAGAGAAGAUGUUCGCACGUGGCUCAAGGCAGCGAAAGAAGGUGGACUACAGCGAGCACCUGACCGAGAAGCAAUGGCUUAAGGCCAUUGAGGAUGGCUGCCUGGAGGAGGUAGAGGAACGCCAGAAGACCAGGAAGGUGGCGAAAAAGAGGCGGCGGGAAGGCACUGAGGAACCAGAUGCACCUAAGAUGAAAAAGAAGAGAGGCCGGCCCCCUGCAGGUGCAGUAAACAUGAGACUGUCGCCAAACCCUCCUGACUUGACAAAGAAGAUGAAGAGACUUGUGAAAUAUGUCGUGAAACAUGUGGAUGAAGACACCGGUCGUAGCCUGGCAGAGCCAUUCCUCAUUUUACCUACCAAAAAGGACCUGCCGGAUUACUACCAGAUCAUCAAGCAACCUGUCGAUAUCCGCAAAAUAAGGGAACGCAUCAACUCGCACAAAUACAGAUGUCUGGAAGACCUUGAUGAAGAUUUUACGCUAAUGUGUCGCAAUGCGCAGACCUACAACAUGGAAGGCUCUAUCAUUUUUGAUGACUCCAUCAAGCUACAGUCACUGUUCGACCACGCCAUGAGCAAAGUAAAGUCUGGCGAGGAACUGCAUAUCCCCAAGACCUCGCAGGACCAGGAGAGCGACAAAGACACCACAGAUAGAGAAGAGGGUGACAACGAUGGAGAGAGUCUUGGUUCGGAUGUCGAAGGUGGGAGUGUCUCGUCGCUCAAGAUGCGCAUUAAGCUCGGCAAGCAGUCGGUGGAGAAGGCUCGCGCCGAGAUAGGCGGGAAGAAGAGGCGUGGUCGCCCUCCUCGGUCCAGACCUAGUGAUGUUGAUGGGACAGACUCGUACCCUCCCUCGGAGAGGGCAGAUGAGAGUAGUGAGGAGGGCUCUGAUAUGGAAACAGACUCUGUGACCACGUCGGUCGACACUGCAGUGCCCUCCCCAUCACAGAUGAGAAAAUAGCUAGUAUUAUGCCCUCUCCCCUCACAGAUGAGAAAAUAGCAAGCAGUGUGCCCUCCUCCUCACAGAUGAGAAAAUAGCACGCAGUGUGCCCUCCCCCUCACAGAUGAGAAAAUAGCAAGCAGUGUGCCCUCCCCCUCACAGAUGAGAAAAUAGCAAGCAUUGUGCCCUCCCCCUUACAGAUGAGAAAAUAGCACGAAGUGUUCCCUAACCCUCACAGAUGAGAAAAUAGCAAGCAGUGUGCCCUCCCCCUCACAGAUGAGAAAAUAGCACGCAGUGUGCCCUCCCCCUCACAGAUGAGAAAAUAGCAAGCAGUGUGCCCUCCCCCUCACAGAUGAGAAAAUAGCAAGCAGUGUGCCCUCCCCCUCACAGAUGAGAAAAUAGCACGAAGUGUUCCCUAACCCUCACAGAUGAGAAAAUAGCAAGCAGUGUGCCCUCCCCCUCACAGAUGAGAAAAUAGCACGAAGUGUUCCCUAACCCUCACAGAUGAGAAAAUAGCAAGCAGUGUGCCCUCCCCCUCACAGAUGAGAAAAUAGCACGAAGUGUUCCCUAACCCUCACAGAUGAGAAAAUAGCAAGCAGUGUGCCUCCGCUCCCAAGAGACAAGAGCUACAAUGACAUGGCCGACAGCUCAACACAAGUAGCAGUGUUUGAAAAAGUUCAUGCGACGUGAUUGUUUUGAUCAAUUCUAAUUCUAGAUAGUUUGCAUCAUUAGAGAUUAGACACUAGGAAACCUAAAAAAUCAUUGCUAGAGUGCACUGAAUUGUCAAUAACUGUGAAGGGAAUGAAAUCGUGUCAUUAAAAAAGGGAAGAUACGUCUUUUCAGGAUAGCAAUUUCCACUAUACGACAGGUUAUAAUACACACAAGCGCCCUGUGAAUAUGUUACCUUCCCCUUGCACUACAAGAAACAAUAGAUUUUUCUUGUCAGUUGUUUAACUUUUAUUUCGUACCUAGGGCCAUGCUUCAGCUACUUAUAAGCCUAGUAUAGCUUAAUAUAAUAUUCACAUUUACAGAUACAUGCUGCAAAACCUUUAGUAACAAGUUAUUCCCAUUAAAAGAAAAAAAACCUA